AUGAAUAUCGAGGAUCUCGCCAAAGAUGGAGAGAAGGGGAAGCCUUUAAAGAAAAAAGGCUAUGACGACGUUGAAAUAAGCGAUAUAUCGGGAGGUGAUUCAGCAAAGGAAGGAAAAGAGAAGAAAAAAGGUGACAAAAAAGCAAAGUCAUCAGAUGAUAAGAAAGAUGGGGAUAAUAGAAAGGAGGAUAAAGAUAAGGGUGCUUCACCUUCAAAGACUAAGAAAUUGAGCGGCGAAGGUAAGGAUGGCGAAAAAGAAAAAGAAGUCGAAAAGGGUGAGAAGAAAGAUGGUGACGGAGCGAAAUCGGCUGAAAGAGGACCAAAAGCAGAAAAAUCUGGUGAAUCGAUGCAUAAAGCACCAACUGAAAGAAAGCGCACCUUCUUUCCUGUGAAUAAAGAGGAGAUGGAACCGCUUAUGUUAUUUGCUCACCUGUUACGUAGAUGUACUGCAGCCCUCAUUGGCGGAUUUGUGAAGGGAAUGAGUAUGAAUGUCGUGGCUGCUUGA